CCCAAUUUCGGCGCACCACCUGCGUGCGCUUUCCUUCCCGAAACACUCCCGCUCGAUACAAAGCGCGAGGGCGCGGGCGCAGCCAGGGCAGCCGCACGGCACAACCGCGCCGCACCCUGCCUCCUCCGGUCUCCGCCCUCCCUUGGCCUCGUCCUUGACCGUUCGGCACCAUCGCACUCUGCUCCUCGCACGCGCACCAGCCACCGCCGCGCAGCAGGAGCAGAGAUUGCGGCGGGGAGGGUGAGGGGGAAAGGCGCAGUCUUUGGCUUGGCUUGCCGGUGGGCGGCCGGAGCGGGACGCGGCGAUACGGAGGAAGCCAUGGCUCCGAGCUGCUACGACGCGGCCGCGUCCAUGCUCCUCUGCGCCGAGGAGCACAGCAGCAUCCUGUGCUUGGAUGAGGAGGAGGACGUGGCGGCGGGGCCGGGGAGGAAGAGGGGCCGGUCGCCGGGCUGCGCGGACGGUUUCGGCGCGGAUUUGUUCCCGCCGCAGUCGGAGGAAUGCGUGGCCGGGCUGGUGGCGCGGGAGCCGGAGCACAUGCCACGGUCGGACUACGGCGAGCGGCUGCGCGGCGGCGACGGCGUCGAUCUCUGCGUCCGCCGGGAGGGCGUCGAUUGGAUUUGGAAGGUCUACACAUACUACAGCUUUGGUCCUGUUACUGCCUACCUGGCUGCGAACUACCUUGAUCGUUUCCUCUCACGGUACGAGCUGCCGGAAGGCAAGGACUGGAUGACGCAGCUGCUCUCCGUUGCGUGUCUUUCUCUGGCCGCCAAGAUGGAGGAAACCUUUGUCCCACAAUCCUUGGACCUUCAGGUCGGAGAUGCCCUGUAUGUGUUUGAGGCGAAGACGAUCCAGAGAAUGGAGCUGCUUGUUCUAAGCACCCUCAAUUGGAGGAUGCAGGCCGUAACCCCUUUCUCGUACCUGGACUACUUCCUAAACAAGCUCAACGGCGGCAUUCGAGCUCCAAGAAGCUGGUUCUUUCAGUCGGCAGAGCUUAUCUUGGGUGUAGCCAGAGCAGGCACCGGUUGCAUAGGCUUCAGACCUUCUGAGAUCGCCGCCGCCGUGGCAGCCGCCGUGGUCGGAGAAGCCAGCGUCGCAGGCAUUGAAACCGCCUGCGCCCAUGUCGACAAGGAGCGGGUGUUGCGGUGCCAGGCCGCGAUCCGGGCCAUGGCGUCCCCGGCCAUGAACACUGUGCCACCGAAAUCUGCAAGCGGCAGGGCCUCCCCGGCGCCGCAGAGCCCUGUAGGGGUGCUGGACGCUGGCUGCCUCAGCUACAAGAGCGACGACGAUGCCGCGGCAGCGGCGACUGUUGCCUCACAUGGGGCCUCCUCCUCCUCCCCGGUGGCCAGCAAAAGGAGAAAAAUCACCAGCAGAUGAUGGCUCGCCCUGACCGGUCAAAGUGCGUGCCCAAUGAUCAGAGCGAAUUGACUAGUCUGCUUUUGAUUUCUUUAUUUUUUUUACCGCGCCAAUCAUCUUGAUGAAGAAAAAGGUCAAAUGCGGCUGUGUGAGUCUGUGAGAUGGAGAGGCAGAAAGGAGGGCGUUUUGAGAUGACGGGAGGGCAAGAAGUUGAUGAAUAAAGAUGUGAGGUGUACCACACCUAAAUCGCUGAGCUUUUUGUGUGGAGGGGUAGACAGCCGGCACAACCUUGGUGUGCCACAAAGGGGGCGGACCAUGGCUUUGCAGGAGCACAAAGCUGGAGGAGAUCGAUGAGAUGAUGAUGGGCUUCUCCAGUUCAUGGGCAUGCUCGUCUUCUUCUCCGGCGGUGAGAAGGUCGACUGAUGGUGGCUCGCGAAGGAUCCAGGAGCUCCGUAAUUUCGUCUCUUUUGGUCUGGGUCUUUUGCAUUGUUUGGCUGAAACAGAUUCCUCUGUAUAUUCUACCUACAGUUCUGUAUUCAUAUGUGUACCUGUACGUUUUCCUUAUCUGAGUAAUACAGAAGCGUAUUUCAAAAAAAAAAGGUGGUGAAGGGACCAGGCCGUAGGCAAGAUGUACAAGAACUAGGCACUAAACCUGCUUGUGUCUGUAGUGUCUGAUAAAUUGUUUGCAGUAGUUUCUAGAAUUCUUUUUUUUAAUUUCAUUGUGAGGAGAAAAUGUAGGUGAAAAUGAAAAAUAUAUUUUAUGACAAAAAAAUCUUGAUCCAA